CUAUCCGUCGCCAUCGGCAUCGCCCUCCAACUCGCCAUCCAUGUCUGCACACACACACAUACAGGGAAGGCACACGCAGGACACAUACCAGUAAGCCCAAUCACAUACACACGCCCCCACUGACCGUCACCACUAUCGCUACCGUCGUCAUCGUCAUCCUCACCAUCCUCGUCCGCACCCUCCACUGCACAAAGCACAAGGACCGAUUCGACCAGCCGACAUAACGAGAUGGAAGCGGCCGGCUGCACACUCACCUUCAGCGACUUCCUGUUGGUUAACCACCAUGUCUGCGAUGGGCUGCCCCACCAGGCCGCCCACCAGAGGGACGGUAGCCGGCCGGCGAUCCUUGAAGGCAGCCGAUGCAUCACCCACUGGCGGCUCGUUGGUGACAACAGCCACACCCACUGCAUGCAGCGAAACAGCACACGUCAAGGGACGGUAUCAUCACCAGAGGAUCAUUGACCCCUUUCUUACCCAU